CUAUGCAAUUUAUUCACUAAACGUAUUUGGUCUUUCAACCGGCAUCACGUUUUCGUUUUCGUUUAAAUUAAAACUCAACUGUUAAGUUAGUCAACUAAUAUUUUCCAUUGUGGUCUACAUGUGCAAAACCGACAUCAUUUUUCUUUCAUCAGUAAUUGGAUAAAAAUCCUACGAAUUAUAACUAAAAAAGACUGGAACAAUGGCUUCAACCGACUUAAUGCACCGAAUUGUGGCCCUUCAGCAAUUUGACGGCUCUUUCAAUUUGGACCCUACAGUUUGUGCAGCAAUUAGUGUCAACCACACUGUCGUCAGUCAACGAGCACAGCAACGAGGCUGGGAUUCUAAAGCAUUUGCAGUUACUCUUGUCCUUGCCUUUCUUAAGGAAAAGCUGGCCUCCCUUCAAGACGAUUGGGAAUUGAUCGCGGAUAAGUCUCGAAUCUGGUUGAUGCAGAAUGCUGCUCAUAAAGCGGACGAGAUGUUCGACGAAGCUGUAAAGAUUGUAGCAUGAAAUAUAAGUACCGAACAAGUGAGUGUGUAUUUAUGAAAAAUGAGGUAAUUAAUUAGUGCGUAUUAUUUAUUGUAAUAAAUAUUUAAUUUAAUUUCUUCAUAUUGCAAUAAAUUUCGAAUUUGUGAAUGCCAA